CCAAAGAUAAUAUGUUUAUACAAAUACAUAUCUAUACCUUAUAUCACAAUUUGUAAACAAAAAAAUUACAACUUUCUAAUCAACAGAUAACAAUCAAUAAAUAAUGUAUUUCAUAUUAAUUUGGUUUAGUAAAUACUAAAUUGAACAUCGUCUAAUUCGAUUUACAUAAGUGUCCAAGGUCGGAGAAUAUGGAUAGAAAUGAAGGAGGCAUUAAAUUUGUAAAUUGCAUUGGAUCAGACAUUAAUAUAUAUAAAAAAGGACCUUAUGAUGAAGAUUUUGAAUGUGAAACUUGCUUACUGUACGAUGAACCUGAAUAUCAGCUUGAUGGUCUAGAAGACAUUAAUACUAGUUGGAAAUUUUUUGAUCAUAUAACAAAAAGAUAUCUAUUAGGGAAUGGAAAAAAAGUUUUUCAUUACCAAAAAUAUGAAUGCCCACCAAUCAUAGUUAAAAUUAACACUCCAUUAUAUACUUUACAAGAACUUUGCACAUACACAAUUUCUAGAAGACUUUUGGCUAACAACAUUGGAGAUACAGCAAUUGAUGAAUUGGAAUUACCUGAACAGUUGAAAAUUGAUAUCAAAAUUUGUGUAGAGAAUUUAAAAAAAAGAUAUGAAGCAGAUGGAGAUGAUUUCUGUCAAGAUUGGACAGUAUAUCAUGAAGAAGAAUAUCAAUAUUAAAAUGUUUUAAAUAAAAGUUUUUUUUUCAUAUUUUAUUUUACAUAUUAGUUUGUUUUUAAAUAUAAUAUAAUAUUAAUUUUUUAAUUUUUCAUUGAAUUUCAAAAUGAAAAUAUUUAAUCCUCAUGUUGUUUUGUUUUAAUACUUGACUCAUAUUUCUCGUUAGAGACUAAAUAUUAUUCAUUAUUAUUAAUUAAUAUAAGAUGUAUAGUUAAAUAUUUAUUAAGUGGAAAAUUGCUUUGGUCACAACAAUUCAAAACACCUUAUAAUACAAUACUGUUUUAUCUAAGUAUAUUUAGAUUGUUGACCCCAAGUGUGGGGACUGGUUACAAGUUAUAAUUAUAUCCUUUAUAGUACUUUGCAUUGUAGUCAUAGUGAGUAAGUUAUUAUUAUUUUAAUAGUUAUAAUUUCAUACAAUAUAAGUAUGCAUUAAACUGUAAAUUUAAAGUAUUAAUAGAAUAUAAGAAUGAGCAAACAAAUAAAUUUAAAAUUUAAAACA